AUGCAUAAUAUCAGACUAGGCGAGCCAAAAUUAGGAGACACAGUUCUGAUUAAUGGUCACGAAUUUGUUAUUCUGAAAGAAGUUGGAAAAGGAAGUUCUGGUAGGGUGUUCCAGGCUUUAUCGAACCGAUAUCAUGAAAUAUUUGCGUUGAAGUGGAUAGAAAUAAAGCGAGACGAUGACAGGCAGAGCAUACAAAAUGAGAUACAACUCAUGAGGAAAUUAGGAAGGCUUGAAAAUGUCGACACUGUAGUGCUUUUAUUCGAUUUUAUGUCUACACCAGAUGCGAUAUACCUUGUCAUGGAAUUAGGCGAGAUUGAUUUAGCAAGCCUUCUGAAGCGUCAGCAUAAAAAGAAAUUCAACAUGAGUAACAUACGGAGCUGGUGGCAUCAGAUUUUAUUAGCAGUGAAAACAAUUCACGACGAAGAGAUUGUCCACACAGACUUGAAACCAGCAAACUUUGUUAUGGUUAAAGGGACGCUGAAAUUGAUUGAUUUUGGUAUAGCCAAAAAAAUAGAAGAUGACACAUUGCACAUUCACAGAGAUAAUCAGGUCGGGACCAUUAAUUACAUGUCACCAGAAGCAUUAAUCGAAGUCAAUGAAUCGUUCAGUCAACGUAUCCUUAUCAAGCAAGGUAAGCCGAGCGAUGUUUGGUCCUUAGGGUGCAUACUAUACCAUAUGGUCUAUGGUCGGCCUCCAUUUUAUCAUUUGACCCCACCUCAGAAGGUCCUUAAAAUUCCUGACCAUGCCCACCCCAUUCCAUUUCCUUUCGAGGCAACAGACGGAACAGGUGCAAAAGUAACGCUAUCUAAAGAUCUGAUUAUAUUGAUGAAGCAUUGCCUGAACAGAGAUGCGGCAGCUAGGCCAUCGGUGGGGGAGCUAUUGAAUCAUCCGUUCUGCCAAUAA